UGCGAACAAGACAAGUAACGCAUCGGUAAGAGAGAGCGACAGAAGACGGUAAGUGUGGAGGCAAAGUCGCAUUUUGUGGGAAAUAGAGAGAGCUACUAGACUUUGGAGGAGAGAAUUUGCAGAGACGCAGAAACUCCUCUCCUUCCCCCUCCUUUUUCUCUCUUUAGCUCCUCUAGUAAACGUUUGCCAAGUGCAUUAAUGGACAGAAAUUGAGUAAAAAAAGGGGAAAAUGGCUUCGAAGGUUGGGGGUCCGUCGACCCCUGCAGUUCGAAGGGAUCCUUAUGAAGUUCUGAACGUUUCAAAGGAUGCAUCAGAGCUAGAGAUAAAAACCGCUUAUAGGAAGCUAGCACUCAAGUAUCAUCCUGACAAAAAUGCAAACAAUCCAGAAGCUUCUGAACUUUUUAAAGAGGUGUCUUAUUCCUAUACCAUUCUAUCCGACCCAGAGAAAAGAAGGCAGUAUGAUAGUGCUGGAUUUGAGGCUUUAGAAGCUGAUGGCUUAGAUAUGGAAAUCGACUUAUCCAACUUAGGGACUGUCAAUACCAUGUUUGCAGCACUGUUCAGCAAACUUGGUAUGCCCAUCAAGACUACAAUUUCUGCCACAGUUCUUGAGGAGGCUUUGAAUGGAACUGUGACUGUUCGGCCCCUUCCUCUUGGAAGUUCUAUCAGUGGCAAGGUUGACAAACAGUGUGCCCACUUCUAUGGUGUCACCAUUGAUGAAGAACAAGCUCAAGCAGGAAUUGUAGUCCGAGUUACAUCAGCUGCACAGAGCAAAUUCAAGCUUCUUUAUUUUGAGCAAGAGGCAAAUGGAGGGUAUGGGUUGGCUUUACAGGAAGACAGUGAGAAGACCAGCAAGGUCACAUCGGCAGGGAUGUAUUUUUUGCACUUUCAGGUCUAUCGAUUGAACAAUACAAUGAAUGCGCUUGCAAUGGCAAAAGACCCUGAAGCCCAAUUCUUCAAGAAGUUGGAAGGUCUCCAACCGUGUGAAGUUUCUGAAAUUAAAGCUGGAACCCACAUAUUUGCUGUAUAUGGUGAUAAUUUUUUUAAGAGUGCCAGUUACACCAUAGAGGCUCUUUGUGCGAAGUCUUUUGAGGACAUCACGGAGAAGCUUAAGCAAGUGGAGGCUCAGCUAUUAUCAAAGAGAAACGAGCUACGCCAGUUUGAGACAGAAUACCGCAAGGCUUUGGCGCUCUAUCAAGAAGUAACAAACCGAUAUGGUCAGUUGAAGCAGUCUGUUGAUGAGCUUCUGAAAGAAAGGGACGGUGUGCAGUCGUCAUUCACAACAGUUAAGCCACUAACUCCUGCCAGUAGCAGCAAGCCUAUGGCUGAAGAAUUCAAAGCCGAGAGCCCCACAACAGAGGACAGCGGAUCCGAUGGGAAGGACAAGUCGAGUAAGAAGAAAUGGUUUAAUAUCAAUUUGAAAGUCUCCGAAAAGAAGUCCGGCUAAAUCAAAUGAGUUUUUUAGUGAGAGCAAAAUUCUGGGUCUAUGAGAAUGGGGACCAACUUGCAAGAAUGGGGACCAACUUGCAAGAGUCUUUGCUUGCAUGUGAAGGCCUUCCCCCCGCAAAUGGUGGAGAUUUGUUUUUUUACCCUUGCCUUUGUUGCACUUUUCCUUUUUAUUUUUUUAGAUGGGUUUCUUUUCCGAUAUUCAAAAUUACUUCCAUAAGCCGCUCAUUGAAGGGAAUUUGUAUAUUGUUUGGGGGAGUUGUCUGUCUUGUUCCGUUGGUUCAUGUAGCAAUAUGUAUCAAUAUUGUCCCUUUGUCAUUCAAGUUUUGUACCGCACGUCUUUCAAUUAAAUUGUUUGAUUAAAUUAGA